AUCGGUUCGUUCAUUCCUGAGGAAGUCGUUCUAUCAAUUUGUCCUUCAGUCUCGGCCGCUCGGAUUUGGGUCAGCUAUUCAGUUCGUUAGACACCGAGGGUUGAUCUACGUUUAAAAAAUAUAUAUUAAUUAUGGGGGGAGUCGGUUUGAAGUGUUUUGCGUGGGGUUUAAUGAUUCUCCACUGUGCUGAUGCCAUUGGAAAGUACAGGGGACUGGAAUUUAUCGAACCCUGCUCCAGAAGUGAUCCAGAACUCGAAGCCUGUCUCGCGAGAUCCGCCAAUGCUCUCACCAAGAAAUUUGCAAGUGGAUUACCGGAGCUAGGAUAUCCGGAGGUGGAACCAAUAAUUCUAGAUGAGGUUCAUAUUGCCCUUGGAGGAGGGCCUGAUGGGUACAGAGCGCAAUUUCGGGAUGUGGCUGCCCGAGGUGUUUCAUCCCUGGACAUCACAGGACUCAGGACUAGAAUUUCGGAGGACGAAGUGCAAAUACAGUUGGCCCUCCGUAUUCCGAAAAUUCGUGCUGCCGCGAAGUACAGAUCGAGUGGAAAAUUAAUUCUCGUGCAGGCCAGUGGUGCCGGAGAUUAUUGGGGUGAAUAUGACGACGUUAAAGCGAAAAUUUUCAUUCGCGCGAAGCCCUAUUCGAACGAGGGCCGCAAAUACCUGAGAUUACAGCAGUUGAAGAUGGACUUCAGUGUUCAAAAUAUAAAAAUGGGAGUGGAGAACGUCCGCGAUGGCAAUACUAUACUACAAGCAGCCCUGAACCUGUUCAUCAACAGCAACAGUCAAGAGCUGUUGAAAGAAAUGAAGCCGUCACUCCGACGUAAAUUAAUUCAAGUAAUGACGACAUUCGUCGAAAAUUUGUUCGCACAAGUACCUUAUGACGCGUGGAUCUCUGAUUAGAAGUAAUGAUAACGAUUAAAAGAUAAUAACUAGUUAACAUAAUGCACAUAAAUGAUAAAGUGCAGUGAAUUCUUCAUUCUCUCCACAUCCAGUUACAUUUUAGCGUCAGCUAAAAUUCAUCAUAAUUUUUUCCAAGCAUUCAAUACAUUUAUUUAAUUAUAUCAUCGCUGCAGAUAACACUGCCAAUUGCGAAUGGUUAUUUAGCUUUAAAUAGAUUUCGGUACGCGAUCGUACUCGAGCGAUAUAAUUUUCCCCAAAUUUUUAGUAUUUUUUUUCGAUGUAAUGAGUACUUAUAAGGCGUAAUUUUAAUGAUGUGAUUGUAAGGAUAAUUAAUUUUGAAUUAGAGACAGAGGAAUUGAUUAUUCCAAAGUUAUGCGUUACGAUAAUUUAUUGAAUAAACAAUUUGUAUGGGAACAGACAAAA